GGUAUUCAGUGUUUGACAACGCUUUUACCAGCGACAACAUGUCACUUUGAAAAUGUCACGGGAACCAUUAUUGAAGACUAAGGGAAAGAAUUCAUGUACGAAGAAAAAAUUCAAUCUUUCUUUCCAUCGAAACAUACUUGUUUUUCUAGCUUGUUUCAUAGCUUAUAAUUUCGAGUGGCAAAUGAAAAGGAACGCGUUGCUCUAUUGGUUUCUGUGGUUUCUCAUUGUCAAUGUCUUUGUCGAUGAAGCACAAAUAAACACUAUCUCUUCAGUUACAAAAGUACUCGAAGCUUUUGAAAGUGGAGUUGAUCCGGAAGUUUAUCAAAACAUAACAGAAGUAAUAUUCUCUAAAGGCUACACAUCCGAAGAACACUAUGUUACUACCGAAGAUGGUUUUAUUUUGUGUAUUAUAAGAAUUUUACCGAAGUGUCACGUGGCUUCAGGAAGACAAAAAGUUGUAUUCCUUCAACAUGGCCUUUUAGAUUCUGCUCAUACUUGGGUUAACAAUUUGCCAGACGAAAGUUUAGGAUUUAUACUUGCUGAUAAUUGCUAUGAUGUGUGGCUUGGUAAUAGUCGUGGGAGCACCUAUUCAUCAAAUCAUCAGUAUUUAAAACCCGAUGACAAAGAGUUCUGGGAGUUCUCUUGGGACGAAAUGGGCAAAUACGACCUACCGGCAACACUGAUGUACAUUCUUAAUUACACUAAUGCUGAAAAACUGAGCUACAUUGGUCAUUCACAGGGCUGUCAAAUUAUUUUGGCAUGUUUUGAUGAACAUCCUAUGAUGCAAUCAUUUAUUAAUUUAUUCAUCGCCUUAGCACCAGCUGCUUACCUUGGUUCCAUUAAAAGUCCUAUACGUUAUAUUGCACCAUUUGCAAAAACAGUCGAACCAGUUAUUGAAUGGUUUGGAAAUGGUGAAUUUUUACCUUCAGGUAAAAUUAUGCAAUUUCUAGCAUUAUUCUUAUGCAAACCAAAUCAUAUUCCCUUUGUGUGUAGUAAUAUAAUGUAUUUAAUUGCUGGAUAUGAUUCUAAGAAUACAAAUGUGAGUCGUUUACCAAUUUAUGUUGCACAUACACCAGCUGGAACAUCAGUUCAAAAUAUGGUACAUUAUUGUCAAGGUAUAGUUACUGAUCGCUUUCAAAGAUACGAUUAUGGUCCUACAAAAAACUUACAAAUUUACAAUCAAUCAUAUCCACCAUUAUAUAAUAUUUCUCAACUUAAAAUACCUAUUAUCAUUUAUUAUGGUGGUCAUGAUUGGCUUGCAUCUUAUAAUGAUGUUUAUAAACUUAUUAAACAAAUUAAUUAUACAAUUUCAUCCAUACAUUAUUUUCCACAAUAUAAUCAUUUAGAUUUUGUAUGGGGUUUAAAUGCUGGCAAAUUAUUAUAUCCAUUAAUAUUAAAACAACUUUCUAGAGUUUAAUUAAAGUCAACAACAAUAACAACAUGAACUAGAUAUGAUUUUGUAUAUGAAAAAGUGUGUGUGUGUGUGUGUGUGUGUGUAUACGGUACUGUUUGGACUGAUUUCCAAUCAUUUAAUCUUACAUUGUUUAUUUAUUUACUUUUUAAUGUUUACUUAUCAUUGAUAUCAUGAUUUCAUAUUGAUUGUUAUUUAUUAUGAUCGUCACUAUGGUGAUUUUCGCUUCCUCCUCCCCAUCUUCUUAUUUUUUUGUUGUUGAAAUUUUAUCUCCAACACAUUAUGUGUAAAAAAAACGGGACAAAACAAUUCUGUCAUAGGAGAAAUUUGCAAAAAAAAUGUAUUCUCAAGUAAUCAUUAACAUGAUUAAACACUUCAAGUUUUAAUGUUUUAUGUAUUUAUUUAUUUGUUUUUUCUUUUUGACAUUCGAAAUUUGAUUAUUAAAAAGAAAACAAGUUUUAGGAAUAAAGAUUUGAUAAUGUUGUGUUAAGUUUUAGAAUUAUUGAUUUCUUUGGAACUGUUGUGCUUGUGCUUGUAUUGUGAUGUUGCUAUGCUGUGCUGUGCUGUGCUAUUUUCACUUAUUUUUCAUUUUGUAUGUAUGUAUGUAUGUACUUGUAAAAUACUUUGUUUAUCUUAAUUAUUUUAUAAACGUUUUUCACAAUGUAAAAAUAUCAGUUUUAUAGUGAAAAUUUAUGUUGAAAUGUGAA